UUUUUUUUUUUUUUUUUAAGAUUUUAAAUUAAGAAAAGAUUCCUGACAUUAUAUAAUGAUAUAUUAUUGUAAAAAAAGUAUACAAAAGAAAUGGAAGAGCCUUCUGUUAUGCUUUCCACCUGUGUACACCAGUUGCAUUUCCUUGUUGGCAGUAGAUUUUAUCAGUGACUUAUGGACCUUCAGACCUCUCUGAAUAUGUGAUGCUUUUCAGGUAUUUUUUGUUCAUAAUUUUUUGAGCAUAUAAAGAUAAAAAAAUGGUUAUCCUUUGUGUAUAUAAAAGCUUUCUUAAUUCUUGUAAUAGAAUCCAUUUUAGCUAGUUUUAUCCAGAAAAUGAUUUAUAAAGGGUAAUGAUGUUUAGAGAAUCACAGUCUGGAAAACAGUUUCCAGAUAGUUUCAGGAAUACGCUGACAACCACCUUGUAGAACUGGCUUCACAAAGGAUCCUGUAGCCACUGGACUAUCCUACCACCUUUUCUCUCAUCAGAAAACUUCUUCAGUUUUAUCCCCAAACAUUAUGCCUCUGCUGUCAUUAAGCUAAUCAAAAAAAUAACCUUUGCCUGACUGUUUUCUCACAUGAUCACUUCCAAACAUAAUACCUGGAUUUUUCUAAUUGACAAACUCUAGGCCAUGUAAUUACUAGCCACAUACUUUGGAGAAAUACCUACCUUUGGGGAAGGCUGGGAAAUAUGGUAUUCUUUUUUGGUUUGUUUAUGUUUGUUUAUACUACUUAGGGAAGGUGAGAAUCAGGGUGUCAGAAGAGGGGUUCAGAAUAUUUGGGGAACCAUUAAUGACAGACAUUUAUUAUAAUAGCUACUCUGCAAUCCUGCCUGUGUCCUAAGCAGGUGAUGGGAAUGAGGUUUCCCCUGGUGGAAUGGGCUGGCUGUGAAAUAAAAGCUAAGAAAAAUAGGUGGAGGAAGAAUCCACAGGACACAGAAAAUAAUUUCAAAAAGUGGGGGCAAGGACGGGCAAGCUAAUCAUAUGGGAUUGAGCUUAUAUACUAAAAAGACAAAAUGGAGCCUGUGCUUACUUUAUUUCUAUUGGGGAACAUCAAAGGCAUUCCUUAGAAUGUUCUUCACCAAAAAAGGUUGAAGGUCAACUGUCCAGUUCCCAAUGGGUUAUGCUCUUCUCCGGAGUUAAUUUGAGGGAUCUUCCUAGUAGAGUGGAGGUAAAGGUCAUGAGCCUUGGGCAAUAUAUGGCAUGGAAGAGCCACAGAUAGUUCUCAAGGUUAAACCUAAAAUCUUCCUGGCUGCCAUACUGAGAGAAGACACUCAAGUAAUUCAUGGCCGGCUUCACUGCACUGCAAUUUAAUCCCUGUACCUCUUAGCUUAUCAAGCAGCACCUGUAAAUCUGGCAAGUUCCUGUUAAGCACUGCAUGGUAUUCUAUUUUAUGAAUGAUUGUGGUUUAUUAGUCGUUUCCUAUUAACAGAUACGUUGGUUCCUUGUCUGAAGUCCAGUUAUUUCUGUAGAAUAGAUGUCUGAAAGAAGAAUGGGCACAUACAUUUAAAGUUUUCAUAGAUACUAUCAAACUACUUUUCUAAAGGCUGUUCUGAUUCUUUUCAAUUAACAGUGUCGAGAACACCCGUCUCUGUACUCUUGCCAUCACUGAUAAUUAUCGGUGUCUUGACUUUUGCCAAUCUGAUGGGCAAAAAGUAUAAUCUUGUCUCAAUUUGCAUUUCUCUGAUUACUAACGAUGUGAGCUGGCAGCCUUUCUUUCGGACUGUCCUUCUCACUGAAAAGCCUUUUUGCUUAGUGAAUUUGUUUUAAAAGAGUUUCAUUAAUUCUAGAUAACCAUAGUCUUCUUGGUGCGCCUCUAUUUCUGUGUUACUGUCAAGUCAGUUUACAUUUCAGAAAUAGUUUGAAAUGUAAACAAAUAAUUUUGUUUAUUUAUUGCCUAAGAAAAAAAGAACAUUAGGUAUCUGAUUUUUUGCACUGUGACAAUGUAGGGUAAACCCAGAAGUGAAAUAUGGGAACAGUAAAGAGAGGAUGUUCAAAUAAAUCAUUGAAUUCUUUUUUAAAAAAUAUUUAUUUUUUUUGUUGGACACAAUAUCUUUAUUUAAUUUUUUAUUUUUAUGUGAUGCUGAGGAUUGAACCCAGGGUGAGCACUCUACUUCUGAGCCUUAACCCCAGCCCAAAUCAUUGAAUUCUUAUGGAAAGCGUCUAUGGUUGCACGAUUGGCUUUGCCAUUGCUCAGAAUCGGGAUGAAAAACACCAACCUACUCAUUGUUUACAAGGAGCACUUGAUGAUACCAAAGUGGGGUGGCUCACUAUGGCAUAAUGUCUGUAAAACCAAUAAGUUAAAAAUAUAACCAAGUUAAUUUAAAAAUGCAUUGUGGUUAUUAGAAGACAGGUGAGUCCCCAGGACACGUGGGUAGGGAGCUGAGCACUGGGACCAAGGGCUAAAGCAGAGAGACUAAAAAAAUGCAGACCACCAGGGCACUGCUCAUUUCUCUGGCUCUGAUCCACUUUAGUACCAGGGGUAUGAUCAGGCCUGUGUCUGCCUCCUUCCUGAGUAGACUAGAGAACUCAUCUAAACAGCCUUCCUACAGCAGCAGCUCUCCACUCCAGGUGGCCAGACGGGAGUUCCAGACCAGUGUUGUCUCCCGGGACAUUGACACAGCAGCCAAGUUCAUUGGUGCCGGGGCUGCCACAGUUGGUGUAGCCGGAUCAGGGGCUGGCAUUGGAACUGUGUUUGGCAGUUUGAUCAUUGGCUAUGCCAGGAACCCGUCUCUCAAGCAACAGCUCUUCUCCUAUGCCAUUCUGGCUUUGCCCUGUCUGAGGCCAUGGGGCUCUUCUGUUUGAUGGUCACCUUCCUCAUCCUCUUUGCCAUGUGAGGCUCUGUGGGAUCACCCACACGUCCCUGCUGCUUCACCUCCACUGGUGCUGGAGUGUGCUGAGCUGUACCAUUAAACCACAUUUCUCUCUAAAAAAAAAGAAAAAGAGAGAGAGAGAGAGAGACAGGUUAGGAAUACCUUUUAAACUUUUCCCAGAGAGUUUAGAUGGGGUAAUUACUGUUGGUCUUAGUUUUCCAUGUUCUGUAGGUCUUUAUGUCACUGGAUUCCAUCAGAAUAAUCUGGAAGACCUAAGCAUUGGUCAUAUAGCUCAUAUCAGUUGAUUUCUGUGUUUGCAGUUCAUUCAUAUAUGUUCCAACAUUAAGCUAAUAAUAUUCAGAGGCCCUCUCUGUCUUCCCCUGUAUUUUCUCUUUUUUCUACCCUGUAUUUUUUUAAAAAAUGAUGCAAGAGAAUCAGAAAGCCAAGGACAUUUUUAGCUAAUUUGAGCUUCAAUGCAAAAAUGUGAAUCUUUUCAUGGAUUAAGAUAUGCCAUGCCAGUGUUAUAGACCUUUAGUUUAAAAAUUAUUUUAUAUUUUUAGUUAGGAAAGGGCUGUUUUCAGUUUUAUAUUUUAGUUUCUUAUAUAAAAAUAUCUUUUCUAGAUAACUUUUUAUUAGACUUUGCAACGUAUGUCAUUAAUGAAAUCAAUCAGUUUAUUUGGACAGCUUAUUCUGAGCUAUAAAAGAGUUAUUUUUGGAAAAUACUAGUUCUUUUUCUUGGUAAAAUAAUAUUUUAAAUAUAUUAAACAGUGUCACUUACUAGUAUAAGUAUAAAAUUUUAAUUUCCCCCUAACUACCCUCAAUUCUUAGUUCUCUCUCUAGUAGUCGGAUUAGUAAGAAGGCAGUUAUUAGUUUUAUUCUUACCCUUUACCUUCUAGAUUUUUAGAAUUCUAUUUUUUAGUAGGCUAGAUUAGAAUUUUUAAAAAGCAAGUGAAUCGGAUUCUUAACUAGUUUAUAAUAUUGCUGGUCUAUUUGGUUAAGGCCCAUAUGAGGACAUGACUGCUACUCUUUAAAAAAUUGUCAGAAAUCUAUGUUUUCUAUUUCCAGGCUGAAGUGCUUUAAUCCAUGUGAAUAUAAAGGAGCUGCAGGGAGGCAGCAGGUUUUGGUAUAUGGAUAAAAUAAGUCUCUGGGAGAAUCUUACGUUUUUGAGAAUUCUGUUUUGGAGGCUCGUACUUUCUUGUAUUAGAGCCGUGUUUGAAAACCCUUCAUCUUCAUUCUCUUCUCCAAUUCCUUUUGCCAGGGACUUAACAUCUUACAAAUCACAGCAGGUGUACAUAGAACUGUGUCAACAUCCUAUGUAGACACUCCUAGGUGCUGUUCCAGCUCCCCCUCUCAUUGGGCCAAAUUAGUCUGGCCCAGGGCUUCUACCAGCCUCCGAAACCCUUUGGGCCUGUGUGAAGCCUUUCACAGUGUAGGAACAAACCGCUCCUGAGCUGGUGUUUCUGAAGACAGUAGCUCUCUUUCAGAACAGCAGCUGGAACUGUGGAGCAUUUCUAUUUCUAUGAUUUUUUUUUUUUUUUUUUGCAGCCACCUGUGGUUGUGCCUCAGAUCAAAAGGGCAUCAGUAUUUUCCCCAAAGUCUCAGAAAUGAGAAGAGAGCUGGCGAAGAGAAAUUGCAUGGUGUGGUCCCCUUUCUGAGACCCUCACAGGGAGCUCAUCGCCAAGAGUCCCCAUCAAACAUUCUAGGAGGUUCGGAGUUUGGGGUUGUGGCUUCCCCCUUCCUUCCUUCAUUGAAGGAAACUGAAUUCAAGUAUUGCUGUUUUGCUAUGUCCUUGCCAAGACUUGGUGUUGUCAGAAGUGACUUUUUGCUAACAUGGUGGAUGUGAGAUGGCAGCUUGUUCUGACUUGGUAUUUCCUGGAUUACAGUGAGAUGAAGCAUCUUUCUAUAGGAUUAUUGAUCAAGCAGUUUCUUCUUGUUCAAAUUCUUCUUUUUAACUUACUUUUGGAUUGGCUUGUCAGUUGUUAAAAUACUGAUUUAUAGAAAUCCAGACUAGAGCCCUUUGGUCCUUUGGCUGCAAGUUUCAGGAGUUUUCCACUCUGUGCUUAGAUUGCCUUUUGUUAUGCCCAAACUGGAAUUUUGAUGCAGACACCUUUUUGAUAGUCUUCAUUUUCUGUGUUUUUAAUAAUCCUUCUACACCCUGAGGUCUUAAAGUAUUUUCUCUGUUUCCUUGAAAAAUCAAGAAGAAAAAUUCCCUUGCUCUCACCCUGUUCCAUGUUCACGAGAUCUCUAAACACAGCUGCUGCAUUUUUUUUUUUUUUUGAGUUAGUCCUAUACUGUUUUGCGUGGGGGCUACACCAUUUUACCUUCCCACCAACAAUAUUCAUGGGUUCCUAUUUCUUUAUAUCCUUGCUAACAUUUGUUAUUUUUCUCUGUUUUUUAAUGCAUCCAUCUUAAUGGGUAUACAGUGGUAUCUCAUGGUGGUUUUGAUUUGUAUUUCCCAGAUGAUUCGUGAUGUUGAGUACCUUUUCAUGUGCUUUUUGGCCAUUUGUAUGUCUUUGGAGAAAUAUCUGUUCAAGUCCUAUGUUCACUUUUUAAUCAGGCUUUUUGUUGUUGAUUUAUAGGAGUUCUUUCCAUAUUAAGAGUAGCAAUCCCUUAUCAAAGAUGUGAUUGCAAAUUAUUACUCCUAGUCUGUGGGUUUCCUUUUUACUCUGUUAAAGUGUCCUUUAGUUCUCUAAAUCUUUUAAUUUUCAUGAAGUCCAUCUUCUUUAUUUUUUUCUUUUGUUGUUUUUGUUGCUUAUAAUUUUAUUAUAAUUACCAAGAAAUCAUUGUCAAACUCAGUGUCAUGAAGGUUUCCUUAUAUUUUAUGAUUAAAUGUUUCUUUAUUUGCUGUAUGCCCUAGGACAACUUUCAGAGACCAUAAAUGGUUAUUUUUAAAACAAUUUUGACCAGUUAUGGCGAAAAUUAGUUAUGGAAGCUGUGAAAGUAGAAUAUCUCUCCAUGAUUUUUAAAUCAUUAAUUAAAAGCUCACUCUGGCCAAAUUAUAACAUCUUACAUGGUUUUUUAAAUUGACCUAUCAAAUAUUGAGACAUGUUAUAGAGAACCCUAUGCAUUGUACCUGAGUUUCAUAUAAGCACAUAGGCUCUUGGAUCGCAUGUUGGUGUCUGGCUAGGUGUACCUGCUGCCCAAGCAUCAUGAAGCUGUAGCAUAAAUUCCUCUUCUUUCCAGUAAUCUGCAUGUCAUGGUUUACCUAAUGAUAAAAAUGCUUCAAAUGAAUGGGCUCCCCUAAUCCUUUGAAACAAGGUGUUCUUCUAUAAACCUCCGCUGUUGUAAUGAUACUGCUUCAAUAAAAAGGAGAUUUUUGGUUUUGCUGUCUUUAUAUCUGAUUCAUCUCAUAAAAAUUGAAUUUCAACUGUAUCAAACACUAGAAGGAUGUGCAUUCAAAAUGAUCACCAACUUGGGUCAUUUUCUCAUGUUCCUGUUAGAACAAUUUUACCAAUAUUCAAUAUUUACAAAUUAGUAAGUUGGUGAAUGGGGAGCCAGGAAGGGAAAGGUUACCCUGGGGGUUCUCACAAAAGCGGGUUCUUUAUGUUGCAUAUGCCUGCUGCUGUUGGCCCUCGGUACCAGUGGGCACAGCAUUUAUGGUUUCAAGGAACUGCGGGUCAAAACCAUUUUUUAAAAAUUGCAUCCAUAUUGAACAUGCAUGUACUUUUUUCUUGUUGUUAUUCCCUAAACGAUACAAAUGACAACUAUUUACAGAGCAAGCACAUUGUCUUAGAUGCUACAAGACAUUUAGGGAUGGUUUAAAGUACUAGGAAGCCAUGUGGGUUCUGUGCAAAUACCAUGCCAUUUAUAUAAGAAACUGGACCAUCUGUAGAUUUUAGUACCUUUAGGGGGUCCUGGAACCAACUCCCCAUGAUCCAAAGGGAUGACUGGACAGUGUCUGGCAUGAAUCGCAGAUUUUUUGAGAACAUGAUCUCUGUCUUUACCUCACGCCAUUAGGCUGUGCGUCCUGCACUGUCUGUCUUAUAGUAGAAGAUCAAUAAAUACUUUAAUAAGUGAAUAUUUAAGUAAAAAGAGGAAAUAAAACUGAAAUUAAUCCAAACAGGUUGACCUGUUUGGAGUAAGUUAUGAAGUAGGAAAUGACCCAAAUCUCUAAAUAUAUAUUUGUUAUCUAAUGUAUUCAUUAAUGUUAUUUGAUAAGCAUGAAAAUCACAUUUAGGGCCUGAGAGCUUGGCCUCUGCUGUGUUUAGUCUCUGUUAUGUUGUCUGUUUUCUGCUGGACUUCACAGCCUCUGUGGAGAAAGUUGAGGAUAAACCCCCAAAUCUUCAGGUUGUAUUUUGUUUUCUGACAGUAAGAGGUAGGUUGGAGAUAAAGCAGCUUCCUUUGUUCUCCUUGCUCAUCUUAUUUUAUGUCUUGUGAGAGCCGAGCAGGUCAGCAGCCUUGAGCAGCAGGGCUGCCAGGAGUGAGGUGGCAUGCAGGGAGAGAAACUGAGCGGCUCAGGACUGCGGGUCACUGCUUCACUCAAUGCACAGCUUUCAUCCGACUGCUCUUUUCUCUGCUAAGUUGAACUUUUGCAACAGACAUGUUACUUGUGGUCUUUGGCAUACAGUAGAUUCUAAGAGAAUUUUCUUUGUCAUGAAAUCUGAAAAUGAAUCCUUUAUAAAACAAGGAACUUUUUCCUAAAGUUAAUAAAUAAUUAUAGUACUAUCUGUUGAUUGGGUAAAAGUUUUGAAAUAAAGUAAAAAUUAUACUGA